UUAUUUAAAUCAUUUGAUCAGAUUUGAUUAAAUUUUUCUGUUGUUGUUGGGAAUCUUUAUUUUCUUUUUUUUUCUAUUGUUUUGUAAUUUGACAUUCUGACAUCAUGUCAUCAUCAUCAUCAAAACCGUUGCAACCACAGAAAAUCAUAACUCAUGUUAUCUUUGACAUGGAUGGUUUGAUUUUGGAUACAGAAACAAUGUAUGAAAAGGCAAUCAAUUCGGUUACACAACGGUAUGGUCGUGAUUAUCCAUUUGAAGUUAAAAUGAAAAUUAUGGGUCGUAUUAAUCCGGAAGGAGCACAGAUUAUUAUCAAUGAACUUCAAUUACCAUUAACUGUUGAUGAAUAUACACAACAAGUUGAUGAAGAAUAUCGAAAAGUUUUUUCCGAUUAUGUUCCAUUAAUGCCAGGUGCUGAACGUUUGAUUCGUCAUUUAUAUCAACAUGGAAUUCCUAUUGCAAUAGCAACAAGUUCAAAACAAUUUGCAUUCGAUUUAAAAACUAAACAUCAUCAGGAAUUAUUUAAAUUAUUUCAUCAUAUUGUAGUUGCAUCGAAUGAUCCGGAAAUUGUUCGUGGUAAACCAGAUCCGCAAACAUUUUUGGUUUGUGCACGGCGAUUUGAACCACCACCACCAAUGGAAAAAAUGUCCAAUGUUUUGGUAUUUGAAGAUUCGGUUGCUGGAAUUCAGGCUGCAAAUGCAGCCGGUAUGCAAUCGGUUUGGGUACCAGAUCCACGUUUACCAAAAAAUUCCUGUGAACCAUCACUUUUAUUGAAUUCAUUAUUGGAUUUUCGACCCGAACAAUUUGGUUUGCCAGCUUUUGUUGAUCAAUAAAUGAAUUGAACCAAAAAAAAAAAAAAUUUUUAGUCCAAAAAACAAAACAAAAA